UUGGUAUUGAAUAGAAAGAGACAGUAACUUGAAACUUUUCACUUUUCACGUUUCCGCCCUAGAGGAAAAAUUACAUGAUCGAUACCAUACCCUGUACUGACAGUGAAUAUCAAAACGCAGCCAUAGUUGUGGCAAAUCCUCAAAAUUGGUCAGAUAAGGAUGCGGCGCCGUAUGGAAAUUCAGGGUUAGGUUAGGUUUAAAUGUCGUGCGCUCAUCGAUUGUGAAUUUCACUCGUUCAAAAUGUUUAUCAAGCCAUUCAAAGUUAAGACCAAUUACCAGUUGAAGGGAACUGAAAGGAAAAAACUAUGUGAGGAAGUAUCGAUGGCAUAUCCGAGUCUGUCAGAUGAAGAGAUUCAGUCAUUGUUGCCCAAGAAAGAAUCUAUCAGCAUUAUGAAAAUACUAACUCACAAUGGACAUGUAGGCAAGGUGUAUUGCGUCGCCAAGAUACCCAUGUUUUUUCAACUAGAUUUGUAUGAUACUCUGUUGUUUCCUACAAUCUAUACGUUAUGGCAUCAUCCACACUUGUUGAAUGUCUUCACUACACACACACCAGUUGUAUCCAAUUUGGUACGUGGUGCAGAUCUCAUGUUACCUGGAUUGAUUCUGAAGGAGCCAGUGACCUUGUAUAGCUUUGGUAAACUAUCAAAGGGAACUCCAGUAUCGAUUAAUACUGAGGAGAACAAGGCUGCAGUUGCUGUUGGCGUCACUGCGCUUUCCAGUGAGGAUAUGUAUUUGGCAGCUGGACAUGGGAAGUGCGUGGAAGUUUUUCACGUCAUUGGUGAUAUGCUGUGUCAAUUAGGCAAAUCUCCAGCGAGGCCUAAUUUAGGCUCACCAAACGUUGACAGUCCUACAAAUAUAUUGGAAAAUAUUGAAUCGACGAAUCAAGAGACAAUCGUAAAUCAAAUGGAAGUUUUGCCGGCUAAGUUGGAUGAGCUAGACAUCGCCGAGAAUUUAAGCGACAAAGACGAAGUUAUUUCUAAGGAAGAAGAUGAAGAUCAUGUAAAAGAAGAUAUAGAAACUGAAGAUAUACAAAUUUCAAACGUAAUUGAAGUUGUUGAUCCAAUUCAAGAAAUGGACAGGCUACUGGAAUAUUGUUUCUUGAAAGCAUGCAAAACGACAGUGAAAUCUAGCGAUCUGCCAAUGUUAUCAUCUAACUUCUUCAAAAAUCAUCUGUUGGCUGCUUGUCCGCCAGGUAAAAAUAUUGAUGUGAAGAAAUCUCGUUAUAAAAAGCUAUCGGUUUUUCUAGCAGAAAUGAAAGCCAAAGGAAUAAUCAACACAUCCAUCAUGAAGGGUGUCGAAACAUUGUUGUCCAUUAAGUUUGAUCAUCCACUUGUGAAAGGAUUAGUCGUCACUGAAGAACCAAUUGUGGCUGAACCAGUGGUUUCGAACAGCGCCGUCGUGUCGGAAUGUUAUCGAGUGACCGCCGACGUUUUGCCGGUUCUAUCAAAAUUCGGCUAUGAAAAGGGUGACGUAAUGAAAAGAGUCGACAUCAGAAAGUAUUUCACUGAGUACGUGAAAGCGGAGGAUCUGCAGGAUGGAAAAAUAUUAAAGUUAAAUCCUCAGUUGGCGGGAAUCAUGCGUACUAAGGCUCAUCAAGAGACAGUGACGAUGGAGGACGGGAUAAACAAGUUUAUCGGACGCAUGACGCACAUGCAUGAGGUUACUCUUGCGGGAAAUACUUUGUUACACACGGGAAAAUUAGAACCAAUCGACAUGAGAGUGACAGUGCGAUCAGGCGGGAAAAAGGUAACAUUGGUAAAUAAUUUGGAAACAUUUGGAAUCAAUCCAAAGGAGUUUAGCAAAGAAUGCCAGAGUAUUGGCGCGAGUGCGACAAUCACCGACGAUCCUGGCAAAAAGACCCCUAGUGUUCUUGUUCAGGGAAAUCAAAUUUUAUAUGUGUACAAAUUACUCACAGAGAAAUAUCAGAUAAAAAAGAAUUAUAUAAGAGGAUUAGAAUUCGCCCCGAAAAAGAAGAAAUAGAUAUUUGUAAAAAAAAGAUGUUUAAUGAUUGUCAACGCUGAUUGUGAAAUCAUUCCCAUGUGAUUUUAUAUAUUUUUUUCGAGAUUUUUAUGAAUGAUUUAUUAUCAAUGAGAGUGCAAUUUUAACGAAACAGUUUUAAUCGUAAUGGGAUGCUGCCAUUUUAAUUAUCGUGGAAUUAUGUUUUCCAAGACAAUUGGAAAAUUAAUAUGUAACUUUCUUAGCAGAGGAAAAUACGUUACGAGUAAUUGUCAAAUAAAAGCAACUUAGGAAUGUGUAACAUGUGAAUUCUGAUUAUUAUCAUAUUUAUCCGAUUCUCCAUAUAAUUCCUUAUCACUACAUAAUAAAGGAUAAUAAUAAUAAUGUAAUAGCUGAAGAAAAGACCAAGAAAAGAUGCAAUGAAUAGGUAAUAUUUAUGCGAGAGACGACAGGCGGAUCGAAGUUUGUUAAUAUAAUUUAUUAUAUAUCGAGGUUUCAACAUGGAAAAGUACAAAUAUUGCAGUAUGGGGAGGGCCCGCGAGCUCUCCUCGGGUGGGAGGGAGGGAGGGAGGAAAGCAGGAAGGCAGGAUAGGGUUUUCGAAAGCACAGAAAGGUAAAAGGGGCGACGCACGUAAAGGGGAUGCCUUUUGCAGGGAUACAAGAGGGAAUGCUGCGUUCGGAUGAAAACUGAGAGCGAACCGCGUAUAUGUGUAUAAUGUAUAUGUAUAUGUAUAUAAUUAUUUCUCACAUAUAUAUAAUAUAUAUUUAUAUAUCUUUAUAUCGCGCGUUUUAUUUUUGUCUUAAAUUUAUCUCUUUCUUUUUUCGAGACAACGGGAUGCCGAUGGACGUCGCGGAAAGUGAUGGAGGACGUCCGUCGGUGGUUUCUUUUUCCUUUUUUUUGCAUGGAUAAAAGGAAGGUUCCCUCCUCUCCACGGCCCCCAUAUAUAUCUAAUACUCAUUUUGUUCUUCAUUUUUUCUUUUUUUUCCUCUUUUUGUUCUACUAUACCUGCACGCACGAACGCGUUACAGAAAGCCUCACAACGCGCGCGUGCAUGUUUCAUGACAGUAAUUACGCUUUUUUUUCUUUGUUCUCUUUCUCUCUCCCUCUCUCUCUCUCUCUCUCUCUCUCUCUCUCUCAUUCUCUCUUUCUUUCUAUCUCUAUCUCUCACUACUCUCUUACUAUCAUAAUCACCAUCCGAUUUAAAUUGCUGAUGUUAUCGUUACUUUGCGCUUUCCCUAAUCAUUUUAUAGACACAUCGAUUGAUCGAGACAUAGCGAUCUGUUCUAUGAUUUUUUUUUAUUAAGCGCGCUUUGAUUCAUAGAAUCUAUUCAUAGAUCAUUGUUAAUAUCGUUGUGUGUAACAGAUCGCGAAGAGAAAAUUUGGGGAUACGAAAUUAAGAAAAAACAUCGUCAAUUAUCGCGUCAAGUCUUGCGAUUCUGUAUUUAAUUACUUCACUCUUUCCGUCAUUUCUGGAGUCAUUUCCUGCGAUGACGAUGUCUCUUUCAAUUCGUACCACCAGGAAUCCAACUAUUGAAUCAACAGCUAAUUCUCUGCUUCGUUCCCAAAGGGUCUGAUUAUUAGAUCAAUUAUAUUUUACUGUCAGCGGCCGUAAUUCAGUCGCUUCAAUAAUAAUCGUCUAAAAGUCUAGAACUCAUGCGCGUUUUGCCGCGUUGUUUCAGGUUACAAUCAUCAGUCUUCUUUUGUUGAAGCGCGACUUGCGAUUAGCCAACCGCUCUUUUCCGCACGAUUCUCGUCUUCGUUCUAAUCAGCAAGAUCACGAUUCGAAUAUGAAAGAAUCGCGACGAAGGACCGCUUUCUCCUCUCCUCAAUCCCUCCGCAUCAUAAAUCCGAUCACUACGACUCGAUCAUCGUCGAUUUAUCAGCGGUUUUACGUUCGCGAAGGAAAUCCUCGCGUUCGCCUCUUUUUCUCUUUUAUGUGCUUCAUCGUGUUUUUUAUUUCAUUCUACACCUUACACGGGGACAUAUGAAGCGCUGAAAACACAAAUCAAAUCCAGUUUCAGGGAAAUGUGAAUCAAGUACUCGGUAUUCUUUUCAUAAAUUAAUAGGCUGUUUAUGUUGGAAGGGUUUUCUGUAGACACCGUUAUUUUACGUUAAUAUUAUUUUCUUUUUUAUUGCAAAAGAGUAGCUUUACAUUUUCAACGCCUCAUAUUGUAUUUGUCGUUGUUAUCAUCGCACGAAUCGUCAUCAUUGUUCGAAUCGUCUCUCUUUUGCUCUCUUCUUACACUCACUCACUUUUUCUCGCUUCUCUCUCUCUCUCUCUCUCUCUCUCUUUCGUUUUCUCACUCGUACGGUUUCUUUUUUGCCUUUGGAAUUUUCGUAGUUUUUUUUUUCUCUUUAUGCAACACAUAAUGCGACUAGGUAGUACAGAUUAAUUAAUAAUUAAUAUCAUUAGUUAUACAAUAAUAACGUAUGACUAGACAAUGCAAGAUAAUAAUUAUAUCGUAAAUAGUAAUAAUCAUAUUAUGGAUCGCAAUUCAUAUCAACAAUGUAGUGGUGGCGCGCACGUGUUUCGAAGAAUGUAAUGUCUAAUUACUGUUUUCUUCAUGUGUGUGUGUGUAUUCGCUUCUGUCUCAUUGUGUGCGUGUUCCCAUGUGCGUAACUAUUUCCCGCUUCUUCAUUUGUAUAUAUGUAUAUUUAUAUAUGUAUAUUUAUAUAAAUGUAUACGUGUGUGUAUUAACUGCAUGGUAUGUAUCCCUUCUUCCAUUCCAACAUAAUUGUGUUUCAUUCGUUUUGCUACGUGGAUGUUACAUCGCGAAUGGAAUCGGAGGGAGGGAAUUGAUUUGGAGAUUCUUGAAAAAUUGGUCGAACAUAUAUAAGUGUUUUUAAAAAGAUUUUUACAUUUCUCCGUGAUUCGACGUGAUUCAGAAAAAAAAGGUCUUCCCCUCCCGUUCCGUUUCUACGGCAUGUAAUAUCCCGUUUACACGCACUCGUUUCACAAUGUACAAUUUGUAUAGUUUGCAUGCUGUAGGAAGCUUUCUGUGUUUUAAAUUAUCGUCGGUAUCCCGAUUAACCCCUUAAAAAGUAUCGACAAUCGUCAGCGCGGCGACCAAACGGCUCCGCGCCGCGUUUCGCUUCGAGGGAAACCGUUUAAUUAACGGAUCCAGCUAUCACGAUGAAGUGCACGUAGUAAUCCUGCCGCGCGAUCCUACAAUGUACAUUUAUGGAAAUAAUGAAAUCAUUAUUAUAAUAUAUCUCUCGGUGAGAAAUAAAUAGCAACGCGACGCGACGCGACGUCCCGCGAAUGCUCGUCACGUUAAUUAACCGACGUACGCCGUUAAUUUCGUCCAGGUCGUAUUCAAGCAAGGAGCAUGCGAAAACAAACACGAAUGGAACGGAUCUGUUUGAAUGAACGCUGACAGAUCCCCAGACUUCGGCGGGACCAAGUUUACGCUAUUAAUUUUUCUUUACAAUAUGUUGUAGGAAAAGCGUUUGUCGCAUUCGUUUAUAUUCAUUCGCAAUCUUGUUCGCUCGCGAUCGCUCGUUCUUGCUUGAUCUAGAAUCUAGAUGAGUCUAGGACAGCAACGGCAAACCGUGAGAUGUCUCAUCGCUCGCAAACAUUAUCUUGCUCGAUAUAAUAAUACGUACGCAAUAAUCUGAUAAUAAUAUUCAUGCGAGACGCGUAAUAUCGCGCUUUGUUCACUAAUAAUAAUAUACGUAAUAAUAGCGUGACGAUAAUAAUAGCAAUAAUAAGAACGAUAAUAACACCAAUAAGUAAGUAUGUGUAUUACAGAGUUCUGUCGAGAAUAUAAUAUGGUAAUGUCUUUCUCGUUCUCUUUCUCUCUCUCUCUCUCUCUCUCUCUCUCUCUCUCUCUCUCUCUCUCUCUCUCUCUCUCUCUUUCUCUCUACGCAUUGCUAUACGUAACGGAAAAGCCGUUUCCGCGAUUGCACAGGUAAACUUAGAUCUCCGAAGGUGUAACGAGGGAAAAUAUCUCUCUGAGGCCCGUUUUUUUUUUGGCCCGGUUUCCGUAAAGAUAAAUCCCUACUCCUUAAGAGGUUAAAAAAAAUCGUCCUGAAUAGAGACUUCUUUUCUCCCGUCUUUGUCGUUUAAUGUUACACGAUAUGCGAUUUUGUGGCGUCGAUGCCCGUCGACGAUGGAUCAUCUCACUAGAGUGUCCAUCGACGGGGAUCGGAAUGCCCUGCCCCAGGGCUUGCUCCAGGAUGCGGGUUUUCGAAUUUUCGAGUUCCGUUCGAUAAACGGAAAAAAAAUCGAUCGGAAAAAUCCUUGGGAAAGGCGAAACUCUUCCGCGAUAUAUCCUCUUCCAGUCUGUUUCUUACGCGUAUAUAUGUACGUAUUGUUCCGUUUUGAUACGUCCGCACCGCCGUGCGUUCUUUCUCACGACGGCGUCUUAAUUAUAUAUAUAUACAAUAUAUAUAUACAAAUAAAGCACAUAUGUGUAUAUAUAUAAUAUAUACUAGUUUGCGGUCCUUACCGGCGCUCACGGAAACUCCCACGUUUAACCCGCAACUAAUUCAGCGUUGUCGGGCAGCAACGCUCGUUAGAGAUUCGAUUAUCUAAUUAAUUACGAAUUUUAUUCGAAUCAAGUAUCAUAAUCUUUAAGGUUUACAGGGUUAAGCUGUCUCCGCAAGUUCACAGCGCUUUGAGCACCGUGCGCGACAAUCGAUUCUCGUGAAAAGAGAUCAAUUAAUCUCGCUGACGAGCUUCGAAAACACUGCAUCGCCGAAAGCUACGAGCUACAUAGAAUUAAUAACGAAAUAAACGCUCGGCUUAAGUCCGCGAAGAUAACUUCUCCAGCGAGACAUACAGAGUAUACUUUUACGUCACCAUUCUAAGAUUUGUUUUUUUUUUUUCUUUAUUGAGCUCUGUGACGUAUUAAAGCUGUUCGCAGUAGUAAAGUUUGGUGUAUAGUCAGACAUAUGCUCGACGAGUGGUUCGUUUCCCGAUUCGAGUGAGUUGAUCCCCUCGUUCGUACCCUUUUCGCGAGGCCUAUAAGGAGUAAAAUCUAUUUUUGAGAGUCAGCACUGGUCGUCAGCGGAUGUUACUUUUUUUUACAUUCCGAUUAUCAAAAAUUUAUUAUUCUCCUUCCUCAUCAUUUUACGCACUAAAUAACUUCAUCGAUUGCCUAACGUCGAUUGUUUCGACAGGUAUAUUGGUACUUAUCACGAUGGUCGCCGCGUCAAAAUUGAAUUCGAAUUAAUGCAACAAUCCCUUAAUUAUCCUAACUUGCCUACCCCUCUCCGCAUUCCACCCGAGAUUUGCUUAGUAAUUACUACGUUUUUUUUCUUUUUUUUUUUUUAAAUCAUACCAUCGUUAAAUAUUGAGUAUCGCGAAAUUAGAAAUGCUUAGGUCUUCGCGAUACUAUCGUUAUUAUUAUCACUUGGAGUUUUAUACAGUCCUUGGUGCGAAUCGUCCGAUUAGAUUGGAAGCAUUAAGGAUUCGCGUGAAAUUCCUUUCGCGAAGAUAUAAUCUUAUCUCUUCAGCCCUCCCCGCCCUUCAGCAAACCAUUCGGAUGGUACUAAUCGAUUUACACAUCCGUGUGCGAACGAUUUGCUAUUUAAUUACAGAAUAAGGUCUGUCGUAUUGCAACAAAUCUUUAAAAUUGAAUCAAAAUGAAAAGAAUUCAAUCAAUUCAAUUUCGGCGAUAAAAUUUAUAAGCUUCUAUUUUUACGCUUAAAUUCGUUUUGAAUUACAUUAGAAAUGAACACAAUUUUCGUAUAUAAUAUGACAGCAAAUACCGACUUUAAAAAAAAAAAAAA